AUGACAUCUCUCUUGCUUCGAUCCACUUUGCUUUUGUUGGCAUGCAGCUCCGUUUCAGCUUCUCCCACUGGGGCAUCAGCUUGUCCCGGUGGAAUGGCUGCUGUGGGAGGAACUCACAUCACUGCUGCUGAUUUGAAAAACGGCAGCUUGGAGGAAUCUCCACAGGGUUUGAAGGUUCAGCUCAAUGGAGUCGACUUGGUCCCGGGCACACCGGGUAUCUUUAACGCUGGAGAAGAGGCUGAGCUCAGCUUGUCUGGCACUGCAGAUUUCAAGGGAUUUCUGUUGCGGUUGGAUAGUGCCUUGCUUGCAGACGUUGGUAUCGAGUUUGGAUUGCCAGAAGCCGAGACUCAAGAGAUCCAACCAGCCAUUGUGUGCACAGCACCAUCGAAAGGAAUGACUCAUACCAGCAACAGUCCCAAGUCCUCUACGAUGUUUACCAUUGAGUUGGACGGACCUGUACCUGAUCUGGCGUUGGAUGUGACGGUUGUUGUUACCAACAGUGCGGGUGUUUCGGAGUACUACUACACUGGAUACAUGCUCAGUGCGGAAGGAGCUGCUCCAGAUGCCAAUGCAACGGCACCUGCGGAAUCAGAACCUGCUCCCUCGACUGGUAACAGCAGUACCACAGCACCAGCAUCUUCUGCCGCCAGCAUUUUGACUACUGGAUGGAUGACAACAUUAUUUAUUGGAGGCCUCUUUGGUGCCAUGGUGCAGACGCUAUAA